AUGCACGUUCGAGACGCCACCGGCCGUCAGGUCUCCCUCUUGAACGACGAACCCACCGUCCAGCCUAUGCCCCAGCGUCUCAGCUACCACACAGCAAACCAGGUCAUCUCACAACCUUUCCACCCGGCGCCGCGCAGCAACUCCUCCUCGCCCCACACUCCCGAGCUCCUUCGCUCAGACUCAUAUGACUCCAAUGCGAGCAGCGAUCCCCUCUCACCCAUGACUCCCACCUCAUACGACCCGAGCAGAGUCAGCGCAUUCCCUGGACAGCCCACAUACGACGAGUACGACAUGCCCUCGAAGCGCCCUACCUACGCGAACACCAGCCGCGCAAACUCAUAUGAGGAGGACAGUUCAGCGACAUCGCCCUUGCCCGAGCGCCCAGGAAAGAGAUACCCUUGCCGUUACCGCGACAGCCAUGGCUGCGAGAAGACCUUUACCACCUCCGGGCAUGCUUCCCGUCAUUCCAAGAUCCACACUGCUGAGAAGGCGGUGCAGUGUACCUUCCAUGGUUGCCAAAAGAAGUUCACCAGGGCCGACAACAUGAAGCAACACCUCGAGACUCACUACAAGGACAAGUCUCGCUCUACCGCCUCGGCCAAGGUCGCGGCUCGCUCUUCGCUUGGUGGACUCUCAUCUUCGGGCCGACGAUCUUCAUCUUCUUCAGCGAGGGCCGCUGCCAGCAGCCGCACUACUCGCGACCAGCCAAUGUGGGAAGGAGAAUCACCUUACGGGUACCCUCCCGGCCAGGCACCGCUCCCGUCACCCGCUGCCACCGGCGCGUGGGACAUGCGUGGCCUCAACCUGCCUCUCCUCAACCGCCCCAGUGCUGCAAGGACACCCAGCAGUGGACUUGACGCAUUGGCUAUGGCUGUUGCGUGUCAAGAGGGCGCAUAA